GUGCGCGAAACUCGACAACAAAAUGAAAGAUGUCAUGGAUUUUGUGACCAGGCUAGUGAAUUUCAUUCGAGCGAAUUCAAGUCUGCAACACCGGGUUUUCCGAGCCUUCUUGGAAGAAAUGUCAGCUGAGCACAGAGACCUUUUGCUGCAGAACGACGUGCGCUGGCUGAGCAAAGGCCGUGUGUUGGAGCGUGUGUGUGACCUGCACGCCGAGCUUGUUUCGUUCCUCUCCAGCCUGCAGAGUCAAAAAGCGCAACAGUUCCAGACUUUUUUGACCGAUCGGAAGGAGAUGGCAUACGUGUGUUUUUUAAGCGACAUAAUGUCUCAUCUGAAUCACCUUAACCUUAAACUACAAGGCAAGAAUCACACUGUUGCAGACAUGUACGAAGCUAUUGAAGCAUUCCAGGGAAAGCUGAACAUUUUCGAGAGAGACAUUCGAGGGAGAAAGUUGCACUUUCCUCGUUUGCAACAGCACUGUGAAAAGAACGGCAUGCGCGAAGAUCCAGCAAUGGUGCACUUCGUGACCAAACUGGCGGAGAACUUCAAGGAGCGAUUUGAAAGCAACCGCAAGCUCUCCCGUGACAUCCUCCUUUUUCUGAGACAGCCGUUCUCUGUGACGCCUGAUGGCCAGUGGACAUCGGAGGCCAAGAAACUGCUGCCUUCUAUAGAUGAAGCAUCGCUUCAGAUGGAGGUCUCGGAAAUGGCAACAUCCGACACGCUUAAAGCGCACCACCAGGAGCGCGAGUUGGCUGAAUUCUGGAUCAAUGUCGACCGUGAUCGAUUCAGAAACACCAGAUCAGUUGCAAUGCUCCUUUUGACAAGUUUCCCCUCCACAUACAUAUGUGAAGCCUCAUUUUCGGCAAUGAACUGUCUCAAAAAUGACGCAAGAAACAGAUUGUCUGACGCACACCUUGGCGAUUGUUUGAAGAUUGCCACAACAGAAUACAAACCAGACUUCAUGAAGGUUGCCUCCUCAUCCAGUCACUGCCAUCUCUCACACUGAUUGUGACUGACGUGGCUGAUAUGGUCCUGCAGAAUCCUCUAUCUCUCUUCAGUGACUGAUGUGGCUGAUGCGGUCUUGUAGAAUCCUGCACCUCUCUCUCUCUCUCUCUCUCUCUCCCCGGCUAGGAAGGUGGUUAGUUGUGUAUAGUUUGUCCAUUGCCCAUGUAUACUGCUUUUCCUGGCACUAGUGUGGCAGCAGAUAUAGUUGUGUGGCAGCUGAUGUUUUAUUUUACAUUUUUAAAGAAAGCUGAUGUUUUAUUUUACAUUUGUAAAGAAAGCUGAUGUUUUAUUUUACAUUUUUAAAGAAAGUGAUAAUUCUGUGCACUGUCUCCCUCCCUCCCUGUGUGUGUGUGUGUGUGUGUGUGUGUGUGUGUGUGUGUGUGUGUGUGUGGAGGAUGGUUGUUAGUUGUCCAUACUUUGUAAUACACAGCCCUUCUGGACACUUAAUAUUUGUUUUUUUUUUCAUAUUGCAAAAUGUUUGCUACUGCGAGUAGGCCUAAUAAAAAUUACUAUUUUUUUAGUA